GGCAAAUAUUUAAAAUUUUCCCAUGAGACCAAAUUGAAAUUAUUGCUUAACAAAAUUCCACCAUGGCCGGUUCUUAUUGAGCUCUCUCUCUCUCUCUCACUUCCUCUUAACCCAAUAAAGUCUGAUACGAAGAAGACUCGGCCUCUGAAUAGCCUUCGAAAUCUGUUCAAUUGUCUCCGUCUUCUUUCUCACACUCCAAUUUUCCAUUCAAAUUCUCUGUUUAUGUUCAUUUCCAGAGUCAGAGGCUCUGUUCGAUUCCGACUUCAUGGCGAUCGAGGCGGUUUGUCCCGAUAUUUCCGUUCCCGCAAUGAGCCCUAGAAUUUCGUUUUCCCACGACUUCUGCCAGUCUGAAGCUAUUCCCGUUGAACAGCGCCCUAAAUCCCGAUCCAAUUCCUCCGGUUUGAAUUCCAGCAUUGAUUUCGAUUUCUGCAUUCGUGAGUGUUCCGAUCAGGAAUCGUCUUCCGCGGAUGAGAUUUUCUCCCACGGCAGAAUUCUCCCGCUCGAAAUCAAGAAGAAACCGGAGGAUCCUCCCGUGCUGAUCGAUCAGUCUUCUUCUGCUCCGGCUCCAUUGGCGCGAACACGAUCUCUCGAUGCCGAUGUGGAGAAAUGCUUGAAGAAAGAUAGAUCUUCGAAGGAAAUCAAGGCCGCGAAUAGUGAUUCCGAAGAGAAGCAGAGUUCCAAUUCCAAAUCCUUCUGGCGUUUCAAAAGAAGUAGCAGCUGUGGCUCUGGAUACACUCAUAGCUUAUGUCCUCUGCCGCUUCUAUCACGAAGCAAUUCCACUGGCUCUGCACCGAAUAUCAAGCGAACGCCAUUGUCGAAGGACGGUGCAAGCCACAAACAGAGCUCCCAUAGAAAUUCCUCCAAAACUUCAUCAUCACAUUCACAGUGUUCAUCUUCAAUGGGAUAUCAGAAACCUCCACUGAAGAAGGUACACGGUUCGUACGGUAACGGAGUUCAAGUAAAUCCUAUUCUAAACGUGCAUUCGGGGAAUCUUUUUGGUUUGGGCUCAAUAUUCUCCUCUGCCAAGGAUAGAAGCAAGAAAAAGUGAUUAGUUUUUCCCUUUUUUUUUUAAUAGUCAUCCGAUUGUCUGAUUUGCAAAAAGGUUGUGGAAUCUGCAAUUUCCUUUAUCUCCUUUUGCCCUUUUGAUCUCGAAUAUGAUUCUUAAAACUCAAAAUGCAAAGUUGGAAGAGUUCCUUUUUUUUUUCCUGCCCUCAUUCACCGAUUGAUUGACGUUAAAACAAAACCAAUCUUGGAUGAAACAUUAAAAAAAAUGGCUUAUGGCUUUUGGGGUUGAAUUUAGAGGGAGAGAAGAAGAAGAAGAUGGAUAAUGUAUGGUAGGAUGUGAGCGAGUGGUGGCAUGCAUAAUUGAAAGGCAGAUGCAGCAAAAAAAGGACAGGUUAGGCAUUACUUUUCCAUUGUUUGUCUAUUGCUCUUCUUCUUUUUCUCAUUUUGGUAUUUUCUAACGCUCAGAAAUGUAAAUCUGAAAUUGGUUUCUAUGAAAAAAAUAAAUAAAUAAAUAAAAAAUCUUAGUCAAGAAACAGUGUACUUUUGUGUGUAGGGUGUGGUUGUGUCUCAAGUGUUUGUAUUUUGGCUUUGAGGGAAUAUUCAUGAGUGUGUAUCCA